AUGGCGGCCAUCCUAUCUUCGUUGCUUGCGGGCUCUGCCCUGCUCAAUGCGGUCAACGCUCAAGACUUCAGUGGUGGAGCGCGCGAUGAGGACGCAUUUUCCUUCGUGCAGCCUAAGAACUGGAAAAUUCUCACUGAGUAUGGCUCUUCACCAGCUGUAUAUCCCUCCCCGAACAUCACCGGAAUUGGUGGUUGGGAGGCUGCUCUCGAGAAGGCGAAAGCCUGGACUGCGCAGCUCACCACCGAAGAAAAGGCGGACAUGGUCACUGGUCAAGCCGGACCUUGCGUCGGUAACAUCGUUGCCAUUCCUCGCCUCAACUUCACCGGUCUCUGUCUUCAAGAUGGACCCUUGGGCAUCCGAGUCGCCGAUUACGCCAGCGUUUUCUCUGCGGGUGUGUCAGCUGGUGCUACCUGGGACAAGGACAUCAUGUAUGAGCGUGGCCACGCCAUGGGUGUCGAGUUCAAGGCCAAGGGCGCACAUAUUCUUCUAGGACCUGUCGCUGGACCUCUCGGACGAUCUGCCUAUGCCGGCCGCAAUUGGGAGGGAUUCAGCUCCGACCCUUACCUUUCAGGAGUUGCAAUGGAGAAGACUAUCAUUGGCCACCAGGAUGCUGGUGUCCAGGCUACCGCCAAACAUUGGAUAGGCAACGAGCAGGAGAUCCAGAGAAACCCUGUCUACAACCCUAACAACACAAACGAAAAGACCUCCAAUGCUCUCUCGUCCAACAUCGACGACCGCACAAUGCACGAGCUGUACAUGUGGCCUUUUGCCAAUGCGGUCAAGAGUGGUGCUUCGAGCUUCAUGUGCAGCUACCAGCGAAUCAAUGGCUCUUACGGAUGCCAGAACUCUGCAUCUCAAAACGGUCUGCUCAAGGGCGAGCUCGGCUUCCAGGGUUACAUCAUGUCAGACUGGGGUGCGACUCAUUCUGGUGUUGCCUCGAUUGAAGCUGGUAUGGAUAUGAACAUGCCAGGAGGUCUCGGCCCCUAUGGCACGAAUUUCGGCACACCCUCUUUCUUCGGCGGGAACGUUACUCUUGGAGUCAACAACGGCACUCUUAACACUGCUCGUGUCGAUGAUAUGGUCAUCCGCAUUAUGACUCCCUACUUCUGGCUCAACCAGGACAAGGAAUUCCCCUCUGUUGAUCCCUCUUCCGGAGAUAUGAACACCUUCUCGCCCCGUUCUUCAUGGACCCGCAACUACACCUUCACUGGGGAGCGAAGCCGCGACGUCCGUGGCAACCACGCCGAGUUGAUUCGGAGGCACGGUGCUGCCGGUUCUGUCCUUCUCAAGAACAAGAACGGCGCAUUGCCCCUCAAGGCGCCCAAGAAUAUUGCCGUCUUUGGCAAUGAUGCUGGAGCACCCACUCAGAGCAGCGUUCUUAACCAGGUCAACUACGAAUACGGCAGUCUGUUUGCUGGUGGCGGCAGCGGUACGGGUCAGUUCACCUAUCAGGUUACCCCCCUGCAAGCUCUUCAGGCCAAGGCGCAGGAGGACAAGGCUCUUGUUCAGUACUGGCUGAACAACACCUUGAUUGCCAACUCCAACAUCAGCACUCUCUUGAUCCCUCGUGGAGUUCCAGACGUAUGCAUCGUCAUGCUCAAGACAUGGGCCCAGGAAGCUGAGGAUCGCCCGCAUUUGAGAUCUGACUGGCACGGAGACGAUGUUGUUGAGAGCGUCGCGUCUUACUGCAACAACACUGUUGUCGUCACUCACUCCUCUGGUGUUAACACUCUACCCUGGAGUGACCACCCCAACGUUACCGCCAUCCUUGCCGCUCAUUUCCCCGGUCAGGAGAGUGGUAACAGCCUCGUCGACUUGCUCUAUGGCGAGGUCAACCCCUCUGGUCAUCUGCCCUACACUAUCGCCAUGAACGGUUCUGACUACAAUGCUCCGCCGACAACCGCUAUCAACUCUACCGGUUUCGAUGACUGGCAGUCAUACUUCGAGGAGAAGCUCGAAAUCGACUACCGCUACUUUGAUGCACACAACAUUACCGUCCGCUACGAGUUCGGUUUCGGUCUAUCUUAUACCACCUUCAACAUGUCCGGCCUCGAGCUCUCCCCUCUCGUCGACGGGAUCACUUCCGAGCCCGAGGACCUUCCCAUCCAGCCAGGAGGCAACCCAGCCCUCUGGGAGUACGUUUACAACGCCACUGUCUCAGUAACCAACACCGGCAAGGUCGCCGGUGCCGCUGUGCCCCAAUUGUACGUUGGCUUUCCAUCCAGCGCGCCAGCUGGCACUCCUCCCCGCCAGCUCCGUGGAUUCGAGAAGGUUCACCUCGAGGUUGGCGAGACCCAGACAGUUGGCUUUGAGCUGAUGCGUCGUGAUCUGAGCUACUGGGACAUCAUUAGCCAGCAGUGGUUGAUCCCCGAAGGAGAGUUCACCAUCUACGUUGGUUUCAGCAGCAGAGACCUUGUUGAGCACAAGAAGGUCACUGUCGUUGGUGGAUAUUAG